AUGGACCCACUCCGAGCGAGGAUUUGGGGAGAGGAUUCAGGAGGAAAGGAGGGAUGGAUCUACGACCCAGCAACGCGCCGCUUGACGUACCAGGGAAUGGUCUCCAUGUCCAUGGGACCUCUCACUGAAGGCGAAUGGAAGCUCAACUGGAUGGACCACAUUUUUGCCGAAAUCUCCGUGCCCCUACCACCCGAACGGAGUAUCAUCAUUCAUACACCUCCCUCUUCUCCACCGUCUCAUGAACCUCCCGCCAAACAUCUUAAGACUUUUGUGGAUAAAGGUAAAACUAUCAUUGACCUUGACCCUGAACCCAGCCCCUGUCCUAGCCCUACUCCUACGCCCACACCUGAAUGGAAAGACAUUGGAGUGGUUGCGUCUUCUGUCAGGCCAGUCCCUCGUCAACCUCUCGAUAUUCAGGCGCCACCUUCCGACGAAUCUAGACCUUCCACCCGACACCCUUCUCCACCACUGCCACCCACCUCGAGAUCGCCACCGCCUACUAUCGGUUGGAUUGACAGCGACCCGGAUGACUUGCCACCCUCUCCUCGCCCUCAGCCUGUGGAUGCUGCACCUGAUUCUGAUGGAAUGGAAUCUGAUCCUAGUGAGGAUUCCUUUCCACCAGAGUUUUAUAUGUAG